AUGCCAAACAUUGUCGUUUUGGGAGCUGGUGUUUCCGGCCUUACAACAGCCUACCUUCUGUCGAAGGACCCGUCCAACAAAAUCACCGUGCUGGCCAAGCAUAUGCCAGGCGACUAUGACAUCGAAUAUGCUUCUCCGUGGGCGGGUGCCAAUUACAUGCCGGUCGGAAAGCAGGGCAGCGAUCAUGAAAGGUGGGAGCGAGCCACAUGGCCGUACCUGAAGGAGAUCACAGAAAAGUAUCCUGAGGCUGGCAUCCACUUCCUCGGGACCCUUAUCUACAACCGCAAGAAGGAUCAAGAGUCUGAUACCGGCAAAUGGUUUUCGGAAUUGGUCCAACCAAACCCUUGGUACAAAGACGUCGUGCCCGAUUUCAAAGCAAUCCCCAGCGAGAAACUGGCCCCAGGAAUCGAUAACGCGCAGGAGUUUACCUCGGUUUGCAUCAAUACUGCCGUCUAUCUCCCAUGGUUGGUUGGCCAGUGCACCAAAAAUGGAGCUGUGUUCAAGCGUGCCGUGUUUAAGCAUAUCGCCGACGCAGCCAAUGCUCAUCACACCGGCGAGAAAGCCGACUUGAUCGUCAACUGCACCGGGCUCUCGGCCAGAACACUUGGUGGCGUAAAUGACAGCAAGAUGCACCCUGCUCGCGGCCAGAUUGUGGUCGUUCGCAACGACCCUGGUCCCAUGCUUUCUGUGUCUGGAACGGACGAUGGCGAGGAUGAAGCAUUGUAUAUUAUGACACGUGCUGCGGGCGGCGGCACUAUCCUGGGUGGAUCCUACCAGAAGCACAACUGGGAUGCAAUGCCAGACCCUAAUCUCGCCAAUCGCAUUAUGAAGCGUGCUAUUGCCAUUGCUCCUUCACUGGUCAAGCCAGGCCAGGGAAUUGAAGGUCUCGAUAUCGUACGACACGGUGUUGGCCUUCGACCCCUGCGUGAGGGUGGCACGCGAAUUGAAAAGGAUGAGAUUAAUGGGGUGAAGGUCGUUCAUAAUUACGGACAUGGUGGGUUCGGAUACCAAGCUUCUUUCGGCUGCUCCGUCGAAGCUGUGGCGCUAGUCAAGGAGGCUCUGCAGAGCACGCUCCGAGCCAAGCUUUGA